AUGAGUUUCCCACAGGCACUUACUCCUGAUGAAGGAUCUCCAGAAUGGAUGAGCAAAGGAGACAAUGCAUGGCAGCUCACAGCAACAGCAAUGGUGUGUAUGCAAAGUGUUCCUGGCCUUGUGGUUCUGUAUGGCAGCAUGGUGAAGAAGAAAUGGGCUGUCAAUUCAGCCUUCAUGGCCUUUUACGCCUUUGCAAUGGUCCUUGUUUGUUGGGUUUUAUGGGCCCAUAACAUGGCAUUCGGAAAGAAGAUGAGUCCAUUAUCAGGGACGCCCCAUGCAGCUGUCACUGAUGGCUUUCUGUUGGCACAGCGUGGCCCGGAUUCUACAGUGCCAAACAGUGAUUAUGUGUUUUACCAGUUUGCUUUUGCUGCAAUUACUGUUGUGUUGCUGGCUGGUUCAUUGCUGGGGAGGAUGAAUUUCUAUGCAUGGAUGAUGUUUGUUCCAUUGUGGUUGACAUUUUCUUACACCAUUGGAGCCUACACCAUAUGGGGAGGAGGGCUUCUUGAGAAAUAUGUGAUUGAUUAUGCAGGUGGUUUUGUGAUUCAUCUUUCUUCUGGUGUGGCUGGUUUCACUGCUGCUUAUUGGGUUGGACCGAGGCACUCACGAGACAGACAAAACUUUCCACCAAACAACAUAAUUCACAUGUUGGGAGGAGCAGGAUUUCUAUGGCUGGGGUGGACAGGUUUCAAUGGUGGAGCUCCAUUUGCAGCUGGAAGAAUUGCAGCACUAGCCAUCGUCAACACUCAUCUUUGCACUGCGACAAGCCUCUUGGUUUGGGUUUCUCUGGACAUGAUUUUCUAUGAGAAGAGCUCCGUCAUUGGUGCAGUUCAGGGAAUGAUCACUGGUCUUGUUUGCAUCACACCUGGAGCAGGGAUUGUGGAGCCAUGGGGAGCAUUGCUAAUGGGUGCAAUGUCUGGUUCAAUUCCAUGGUACACCAUGAUGGUUUUGCACAGAAGAUCAGCCUUCUUUCAAAGUGUAGAUGACACACUGGGAGUCUUCCACACGCACGCAGUGGCCGGAGUUCUUGGGGGAGUCCUCUCUGGCGUCUUGGCCAAACCCAAUCUUCUACAUUUGAUGUAUCCCAAAGGUCAAUACGGUCCGGGCUUAUUUUACAGCAUAUCUGAGAUGAAUCAUCUCCAUCUUGGUUUCAGACAAAUAUUUUUUCAGCUUCUGGGAGCAGUUUGUAUCACUGUAUGGAAUGUUAUUAUAACAACCAUUAUCUGUAUUUUCAUAAGCCGUUUCAUUAAUUUAAGAAUGAAUGAGGAGGAUCUUGAGGUAGGAGAUGAUGCUGUGCACGGCGAGGAAGCUUAUGCACUGUGGGGAGAUGGAGAGACGAUGAAAAAAUCUCUUCAUCUUCGCAUACCUCCCAGAUUGUCUUCCUUCUGGCGUCCAGUUUAGCAGAGUUUCAGAGUGUGAUAAGU